GGUGUCUUUUUUAAAAGACAUAUUGAUUGUUUAUCAAUGCAACCAAGGCGUCGGACAAAUCCGCCCACUUAUUUCUGGCUGUCACUUGUUUCCAAGGACCUCUGCAGCGGACACGCAGUGACAGAGUGAAGUGUUAUUUACGUGUGGAUUGAGUCGUGUUUAGACCUACAUCCUCGUCUCCAGGCAUGCAGGACAAGGAUGAAGAGACCUGCAGUAUAUACCCGAGUCUUGUUCCCCUCGGGAAUAAGAUCAAGGCCCGGGUGCAGCAGUUUGCCGAGGACCAAUCAGAGAUCUCGAUGUUGACAGUGUUAAUAAUCGGAGCAGUGAUGUUGAUCUCCCUCAUCGUUGUGGUCGUGUUUCUUCUCUAUAAGCGGUACAAGUUAUCCAAAGAGCAGGCCGGUCCACAAUACCGGUUCAGGAAGAGAGACAAGGUGUUGUUCUACGGCAGGAAGAUCAUGAGGAAGGUCCAGACGCUGUCCUCCACCUCCAACCCCGCCUCCAACGCUGCGUCCCGCCAGCGGGUCAGGAAGCGAACCAAAGUCAUGUCUAUCGCACGCAAGAUUCUGCGGAUCCGGAAGGAGCCCCCAACCCUCCAGCCCAAGGAGCUGCCCCCCUCCCUGCUGGAGGCGGACCUGAACCAGUACGACGUCGAGACAUCCCACCUCCCCUCCGAGGUCCUCUACAUGCUCAAGAACGUCCGGGUGCUGGGUCACUUCGAGAAGCCCCUCUUCCUGGAGUUGUGUCGUCACAUGGUGGUGGUCCCGCUGCAGCAGGGGGAGGCCCUGUUCCGCCCGGGGGACCUGGACGACAGCAUCUACGUGGUCCAGGACGGACACCUGGAGCUCUGCAUCCACGAGAGUGAUGGGACGGAGGCGGUGGUGAAGGACGUGUUGCCAGGCGACAGCGUGCAUAGCUUGUUGAGCAUGCUGGACAUUAUCACUGGUUACCCGGCCCCCUAUAAAACGGUGUCGGCGCGAGCGGCGGCGUCCUCCACCGUUCUGCGGCUCCCGGCGACCGCGUUCCAGUCCGUGUUCGAGAAGUACCCCGAGACCCUGGUCCGGGUCAUCCAGAUCAUCAUGGUGCGACUGCAGCGGGUCACCUUCCUGGCCCUCCAUAACUACCUGGGCCUCACCACGGAGCUCUUCAACACGGAGAGCCAGGCUAUCCCCCUGGUAUCGGUGUCCCAGAUCCUCGGUGAAGCCCACCCCAGAAGGCUCAGUCGCCAGGCCUCGCAGACCGAAGACACGGCCGCCGAAAAGACAGACGCAGGAGAAGCAAAGAGGGCCACCUUUGAGGCAAAAUGCAGGAAGUCCAGAUCUCUCUCCACACCAAUGGCAGUUACAGUGGACAUGACUACAGACCUGAACAAGGCGUUUGAGCGAGCACGUGUCCGAAAGGAGGAGGGGCCAUCGGUAUCCUCAUCACCCCCGGCCCAGAAGUCUAUCCUGAAGAAGAGUGUCACCAUGCUUCACACUCCCUCAGCAGUGUACCACUACAGCGAGAGUGGAAGAAGUCCCUCCUCCACCUCCACCUCCACCUCCACCUCCACCUCUACCCCCUUCAACCCCUCCACCAGCUCCAACACCUCCACCUCCACCUCUACCCCCUUCAACGCCUCCACCAGCUCCAACACCUCCACCACCUGCCCCGCUCCCGGGCAGGUCCACCACAACAGGAUCAACGCCAUCUUCCAGGCUGCCAAGAAGGAUCUGCUGAAGGCUAUCCAACUGCAGGACCCCAGUCUGCUGGAGGGCAGGGUGACCUUUCGCCAGGUGAAGGCUGGGUGUUUGGUGGCCAGCCAGGGAGACCAGGACGUGAGCGUGGCGUUUGUGGUCUCGGGGGUCCUCCACGUGUACCAGAGGAUGAUCGACCGGGAGGAGGACAGCCUGCUGUUCGUCACGCACCCCGGGGAGAUGGUGGGCCACCUGGCCGUGCUCACCGGGGAACCCCUCAUCUUCACCGUGCGCGCCCACCGGGACUGCACCUUCCUCUCCAUCUCCAAGGCCCACUUCUACGAGAUCAUGCGGGAGGACCCCCGGAUGGUCCUGAACGUGGCCCACACGGUGGUGAAGAGGGUCUCUCCCUUCGUCCGGCAGAUCGACUUUGCCCUCGACUGGAUGGCCCUGGAGGCGGGCCGCGCCGUCUACAGACAGAACGACCGGUCCGACAGCACCUUCAUCGUGCUGAGCGGGCGUCUGCGCUCCGUCAUCGCCAAGGACGACGGGAAGAAGGAGCUGGCGGGAGAGUACGGCCGCGGCGACCUCAUCGGCGUGGUGGAGGCUCUGACCCAUAUGAACCGGGCCACCACGGUGCACGCCGUGCGGGACUCGGAGCUGGCCAAGCUGCCCGAGGGGGCGCUGAACUCCAUCAAGCGGCGCUACCCCCAGGUCGUCACGCGCCUCAUCCACCUGCUGGGCCAGAAGAUCCUGGGGAACAUGCAGCAGGUCAACGCGCCCCUGGCAGCGCGUGGUCUGGGACUCCACACCCCCACCAAUAAGUGGGACUCUGGGAACCCGGCCUCCAACCUCUCCACCGUCUCCAUCCUGCCCGUCUCUGAUGACGUCCCCCUCACUGCCUUCACCCUGGAGCUGAAGCACGCCCUCAGUGGCAUCGGUCCCACUUUGCUGCUGACCAGCGAUUCCAUCAAACAGUGCCUGGGCUCUGCUGCUCUGGACAGCGUGCAUGAGUACCGGCUGUCCAGCUGGCUGGGGCAGCAGGAGGACAUCCACCGCAUCGUGUUGUACCAGUCGGACGCCCGCCUCACCCCCUGGACCCAGCGCUGCAUCCGCCAGGCCGACUGCAUCCUGAUGGUGGGCCUGGGGGAGCAGGAGCCCGCCGUGGGCGAGUUGGAGCGUAUGUUGGAGGGCAGUGCGGUGCGGGCCCAGAAGCAGCUGGUUCUGCUCCACCGGGAGGACGGCCCCCCCCCACGGGGCACCGCUGAGUGGCUCAACAUGAGGAGCUGGAUCUGCCGACACCACCACCUGUCCUGCCCUCGCAGGGUCUUCAGCAAGAGGAGCCUGCCCAAACUGAGGGAGAUGUACCAGCGUGUGUUUGACAAGCCGGCCGACCGUCACUCCGAUUUCUCCCGCCUGGCUCGCGGUCUGACGGGGAACAGCAUCGCCGUCGUGCUGGGAGGGGGCGGGGCCAGGGGCUGCUCCCAGGUGGGCAUCCUGCGGGCGCUGACGGAGGCCGGCAUCCCCGUCGACCUGGUGGGCGGGACCUCCAUCGGCUCCUUCAUCGCUGCGCUGUACGCCGAGGAGAAGAGCUGCAGGCGCAUGUGUGCCCGCGCGCGGGAGUUUGCCGUGGAUAUGACCUCUAUCUUCAAGAAGGUCCUGGACCUGACCUACCCGGUGACCUCCAUGUUCUCUGGAGCCUCCUUUAACUCUAGCAUCAGCUCCGUCUUCAAGGGGAAACAGAUCGAGGACCUUUGGAUCCCCUACUUCAACAUCACAACAGACAUCACAGCGUCUUCCAUGAGGGUGCACACUGACGGUUGGCUUUGGAGGUACGUGAGGGCCAGCAUGUCUCUGUCCGGCUACCUCCCUCCACUCUGCGACCCCAAAGACGGACACCUGCUGAUGGACGGAGGAUACAUCAACAACCUGCCAGCCGACGUUGCGCGGAGCCUCGGUGCAAAGAUUGUGAUCGCCGUCGACGUGGGCAGCCAGGACGAGGACGACCUCACCAACUACGGGGACAGCCUCAACGGCUGGUGGUUGCUAUGGAAACGCUUCAACCCGCUGAGCGAGAAGGUCAAGGUGCUGAACAUGGCGGAGAUCCAGACGCGACUGGCGUACGUGUGCUGCGUGCGGCAGCUGGAGCUGGUGAAGGACAGCGAGUACUGCGAGUACAUACGGCCGCCCAUCGACCGCUACGGCACGCUGGACUUCGGCAAGUUCGACGAGAUCACGGACGUGGGCUACCAGCACGGCAAGACGGUGUUUGAGGUGUGGCAGCGUGGCGGGGUGGUGGACAGCAUGCUGAAGGACCGCCACCAGGAGGAGUUCCACAAGACCAAGAGCGGCAACGUGGUCACGUGUCCCAACGCCUCCUUCACCGACCUGGCGGAGAUCGUGUCCAGAAUCGAACCGGUCAAGAGCACGGCGAUAGAGGAGGAGUAUUCAGACGACGGCCAGACGGACUACGAGGAGGAGGACGCGGCGGGAAGCGCCCUGUCGGACUACGAGAUGUCCUACCUGACCGGCGAGCUGACGGAGGAGGAGGAGACGGCCGACACCGCCGAGACAGAUGAGGAAAUCCAGAUCAGACAUCGACACCGACAGAAGGGCGAGGAGCGCGAUGGUCAUUGACCUUCAUCGUCAUCAUCAUGAACAAGGCUAUGACCCGUAGACCAACACCUGUCCAGACAGCACACCUGUCCAGACAGUCAUGUGUUUCUACCAGUGCACUUUGUAGAAGGUACUAAUGCACUAGCAAUCAUGAAGAACGCCCAUUUGCACCAUUUUGGCUCGGCCCAAGUAUAGGAAGAAUAGGACAAUAAGCCAAUAAGAAUGUCGUUGGUGGUAAUGGAAUUGUGGUCAUGUUUAUUAGUUCAUCUUGAAAUGAUUUGUCAUUAUUGGUUGACAUUGUUGUGUGUGACUGCCACAGCGUCUUUCAUGCGAGAUUUGGAAAAAACUAAAUUUUGAUUAGCCUAGGUUACAGUAUGAUUUUAUUUAGAGUUGUACACUACUACAACCCUCGAUUCAUCACAAAAGGGCAGAGUAUCAUCACAAACAACUCCCAAGAUGGAUUCUGAUUUACAAGCCCGAUUAGGGAAGAUCCAAAAUGGCUGCUCACCCAUGGCCCUGUGUGAUCGACGAAGCUGUGAAAUGUCACAAAGUAUAGGUUAUACAAGAAUAAACACACUAAUGGUACGUGUGAAACACUGUGACUAAAUGGCCCGAACACGGUCAUGCCAAUUUAACAAAUGAUUUACCGUAGCCAAAUCCUAAUGCAAUAAUCGAGUACAGUAUUACCUCAUUAACAACAGAGUGUGUGUGUGUGUGUGUGUGUGUGUGUGUGUGUGUGUGUGUGUGUGUGUGUGUGUGUGUGUGUGUGUGUGUGUGUGUGUGUGUGUGUGUGUGUGUGUGUGUGUGUGUGUGUGUGUGCGAAAGAGCUGAAUGUAAUCGGUUAACUCGUGUCAUUUCUACCUAGGAUAAUGCCGGGCGACAGCCAAUCAGUGCAAUAUCAGGCUAAUGUAUUGUGAAGGUGACUAAAUAUUAGUUUAUGUGACUGUGGGACAUUAUGAGGUCUAAUAAGCUAAUGGUGCCUUUAUUUACUUACAUUGAAUUUAGGCCUUCUGUUUUAACUAACAUUUUAAAUCGUUUCAAAUCCUUUUUAGCUAUGAUCAAUACUGAUUUAUAAUGAAGAUAUCUGAAUUUUCUGAUUUUCAUUGUUGAAGAAAUGGAAUUAAAUUUGAGGCUAUUUGAAUAUUCUUGUGUUUUGAAUAAGCCAUAAUGAAACAAAGGGAGUAUAAAGGGGAAAACAAAAGGCCUAUUAGGCCGGCUACUUAAUGAGACUGACGGUUGUAUUGUACGUUAAGUUGCACAUCAAAUAAAAACCUGUAAACAGGA